AUGAAGCGACGUCAAAAGAGGAAACAUCUGGAAAAUGAAGACUCCCAGGAAGAUACUGAGAAAGGAGGAGGAUCCCAGAGGAUACAUCAAGACAGCUCUCAGCGUAGAUCACCCUUACCCCAGGUUCAGGAGCCAGGGGAGGUUCUUUCCCACUCGAAACAUGUCUCUGUGUCCUCCCCUUCAUCCUAUAAAACUUGCACAUCCUUUCUGUCUUUAAACAAAGAGAAAAGGGGCAUGAAAAUAUACUACAUGCAGGUACAAAUGAAAAAAGGUGUGGCUGUCUCCUGGGAGACAGAGGAAACAUCAGAGUCAGUAGAAAAGCAACCUAGGAUGGAAGAAGUAACCCUUCCUGAGAAUGUGCGGGUAGGUACUCCCCCCUCUGAUGUGUCCACCAGAAAUCUCCUGUCUGACAGCGAACCCAGCGGGGAGGAGAAAGAGCACGAGGAAAGGGCAGAGCUAGAGAGCCCACCAGGGUCACCUGCAGUCGAGGAGAGACCCAGGGCUAGGACGCCUGACUGGCUGGUGACCAUUGACAAUGGCUACAGGUGCAUGGCCUGCUGCAGGGUCUUCCCCACGGUGGAGAACCUUCAGGAGCAUGUGCAGUAUGGAAUCAGGGAAGGCUUCAGCUGCCACGUCUUUCAUCUCACCAUGACUCAGCUGACAGGCAGUGCGGAAUCGCAGGGUAGCCAGGAGGAGGAGGAAGAGGAAGAGGAGCAAGUAGACAAUGAAGAUGAGGACCAGCAGCCCACAGGAGAAGACAACAGCAUGCAGAAACCUUGGAGCCAGUGUCCAGGCUGCGUGUUUCAUUCUCCAAAGGACAGGAAGUGA